UCUAUUCAAUAGUUUUGUCCCGGUGACUUAGUCGGCACUUCGUCGAGAGCAAGCCAACGGAGCACACCGUACUUCGAAGACAACACCCGGCGUCUCGAUGGUGUUAAGGUAGCAGGUCCCAAUCAUUCUGUGGAACUGCUCUUAAAGGGUUGGCGUACAUCUCUAGAAAGAAACAUUCAUCUAGUAGAAGGUUCUGUCGAAACCGAUGACUUCUGACUACUAACCGGAUACAUACGACGUUAGAUCUAUCCAUCUUAUAAAAAUGGAUUUCCCAAUUGCGAUAAAAGACUCGGUGUUCAUCCGCCCUGUGAAGAAGACGGAUGCCAGUGCCUUGUUUGAUGCUGUGGAUCAAAGCCGAGCCAGCCUCGGACCACAUCUACCAUGGAUCUCUGCAGUGAAGAAUGUUAAAGAUUCUGCAAGUUUCAUCGAAUCAGCGAUGGCUCAAGAAGCUUACGGCAAUGGUCUGCAUUGUGUGAUUUAUGACGUCGAUCAGCUCGGAGAACUAGAAGUCUUUGGUGUUGUUUCUCUGAGAACCAUCAAUGUCCCAACCAAGACGGCAGAUAUUGGGUACUGGUUACGAGAGGAUAAGGUAGGCAAGGGAUUGUGUACCAUGAGCUGUAAGAAGCUUAUUGAGUAUGGUCAGGCCAUAGGUAUCGAGCACUUUGAAAUUCACGUAGCCACUGAUAAUGAUAAAAGUGCAGCUAUCGCUAGUCGUAUUGGCUUCCAAAAGCAACCAGGUAAAAUCAGAGGUGCAGAGAUUGUUAACAAUAAACCAAUUGAUCACCAUGUUUACUUGCUUAAACCAAACGGUACUCCAGGUUCACCCCAAAAGUCUAACAUCGUUCUUCUCUUGGUUGGUGUUGUGGGUCUCGUCGUUGCAUUACUACUGGCAUUCAGAUUGCCAGAGCAGCAGUCGGUCUUGAAGAGGAAGCAUAUUCUGCUUGUUGGUGGUGGUUGGAAUCAGACGUGGUGUGAUUACACUUAUGACGUGGCACAGAAAAUGCAGAUUGACCUGAGUGUAGCUGACCAGGAAGGCCAUUGGGUAGAGAGAUUGGUGCUGACUAAACGAGUUUACACAUUCCACUCGAUAGACACUCAUGGUCCGGUUGAUCAACUCACUAAAGACAUCUACGAUAUACUGACAUCAUCAGGCAUUGAAUUCUCUGGCGUGACGACUACGACAGACCAGCUACUCGUUGCUGUUGCCACUGCUGCUAAGAAGGCUGGAUUACCAACACUCAACCCUGAUGUCUUCGCAAAUGUUCGUGAUAAGGUGAUCCUGAAGUCUCUAGUUAAAAGCAAGGCCCCAGUCUCGAGAAUCUCGGCAUUUGCAGAUCUAGAAAAUGCAGCUAAAGUUGUUGGCUUUCCGGCUGUCAUGAGACCUGUAUCCGGCGUGGGGUCCUUAUCAACUCGCCUUGUACAAUCCAAUUCUGAACUUAUUGAGGUAUAUACACAACUACAAAGAAGUGUAGACGCACAGAAACUACUCUUCGAUGGAAACACUGAUCUGAUGCUUGAGAAAUACGUCACAGGUAAAGAGUACGAUGUCGACAUUAUCAUGGAGAAAGGCGUAGUGAAGUUUGCAGCAAUUACUUUCAAUACGAUUGGGAAGGCACCAUGGUUCCAGGAGAAACAAAUGACGCUACCUACGUCAAGCGUGAAUCAAAACACGCAGAAAAAGAUGGCUCGGUAUGCUGAAGCUACUUGUAACCAAGUUGGUCUAACUGAUGGGGUGUUUCAUAUAGAGGUCAUAAUGGAGGGAGAUCGGCCUCAUCUGAUCGAGAUCAACGCUAGACUAGCUGGGCUUAAGAGUAGGAACUUCGUCAAAGCUGCUUACGAUGUUGACCUCUUGGAGUCUGUCUUUAACAUUGCGUUAGGUGAGCAAGUAAAGGACCUUAGCAACAAGGGAAUCCUUGAUGAUAAAAUGGUCAAACCAAAGUACACCACAACCAACUACAUCAACGUAGAAUUUUCAGGUGUCAUAAAGACCAACACCUUUCUUGAAGGCAUUGCACAAGACCGAAGGGUGAUCGACACUGCAUUGAUGGUUAACAAGGGUCAGAGGGUCGUUGGGCCAGAGGAAGGGGUUCCAUAUUUUCUUGGUGUUUUUAUUGUUCAGAGUGAGGUUUCGGAUGAGGAAUCGAUAAGGGUGUCAGAAUAUCUACUGGAGAAGAUCGAUCAGAAGCUGGUUAUAGAACCACUGUCUAAUAUCCAUGUGCAGAACACGCCUGUUAUUGGAAUGGAAGACAUCUACGGUCUGCGACGACGAAAGUUCCGUGCAUUGUCAGCAAACUUGGAGGCAGUUGCUUUACGGUACGGCUUUGAGGAACUGCUGGUCCCGAUUGUAGAGAGAUCGACUUCAUUUGCUGAAGAUGUUGUUGGAUUGUCACCGUGGCCUGAGUGGGAUCCAAGAGGUUGCUUCUUCUUUGAUAUCCAGGAUUAUGCAAAGGGUUUUAGUGAGAAGAAAGAGACGACAUCAGUUCUUCUUAUACCGGAAGGAACUCUGUCUGCCGCUCGUUGGCUGGGCCGUGAAAUUGCAGAGAAUGAUAACAUUGCAUUCCCCAUCAAAAUCUUUUACAAUGUUCCGUGCUUUAGGAAUGAACCGACUGACACACUGUCCUCACGAAAGAAGCGUCAGUUUGAUCAAUUCGGUCUUGAGAUUCUCGGGGCACAGGACCUCGGUGCUGAUGUGGAGAUCAUCUGCAUGCUUGGUGACAUGCUGGAGGCAGUCGGGAUACCCAAGGGUAAGAUCAUCUUCCGAAUCAGUAACGUACAGAUUCUGAUACAACUUGUGAAAGACUCUGGAAUCAAUCAUCUUGACACUAUUAAGGUAAAGGAGGCUAUGGACGAGAUUGCAGAAUGCAGAGCUAAGAAAGCAUCGAGCUGCGUAGAGGACAACGAGAGGGCCUUCUGGAAUGUCUUGAAUGAGUACCAGCUCAAACAGCAGGAGAAGACGUCUUGGAUAGCCAUGUUACGUCACGCCACCGGUAAAGUCGACACCAAACUUCGCUCUGAGUUUUCGCCAAGCUAUAAACCACUGUUUGAUGAUUUGGAAGAUAUUUCCGUCGGUCUGGAGAAGCAUGGGUACGCGGUUGUGGUUGAUUUGUGUGUUGUGCGGUCGCAUGAGUACUACACCCACUUUUCGUUUGAGGUUGAUGUGGUUGAUGGCAAUCGACGUUUCCUGGAGAUUGCCGGAGGGGGACGAUACAACAAGCUCGUUGGACACUUCAUCAAAGAUAGGACCGACCAAACCAAAAACAUCACCACUGUGCCCUCUACUGGCUUUGCCUUCGGUAUCCAGCGUGUUAUUGUAAUGCUGAACGAAAUGAACGCUUUCCAGGAAAACAUCUACAAAACAGCUGAAAGAAUCAUCACCUUUGACGAGUCUUCUGCGGACGUCCUGCUCGUUCCUGACAUGACGUUGGGCGCAGUGGACGGGUACCUGGACGCACUAUCUUGGUUGAAACAGCAGACUGGGAUGUCAGAUAGUCGGGUUGAUAUUUACAUCGGGGAAUCGGCACCCGUUUCUCGUGACAAUCUUCUUGAUAAUUAUCGCAAACAAAGACGGAUAAACAAAAUUGUUUAUCAAAACAAAACAUCCGAAAUCCCUUGAAGGUUCGAUGACAUUAUUUUGUCAACGACAUCACGAACUGAGACACAGUAUACAAAACCACAAUUCAUAUUUUGUUUUGCACAAUAAACAGUUUUCUAUUGAACAAUUUUAUGAAUUUUCAACGCUCCAAUAGCUUUUUGUUUUUUAUUUGUUGUUUUUACAAUGAUUAUGCAAAGCAACUUUUGCACCAAAAGUGUCAGUUCGUGAAUAUGGAAAAUGUUUAUGUUUUUCGUAUGUUUUUUUUACAGGAAUGGGUGAUGUCACCCAGAAAUAAACAAAUUUUCUGACGUUCAAAUCAUACACUGAAAGAACACUAGUUGAAAAUACAAUGACAUUUUGUAGGAAAGCUUUAAUUGGCCUCCAUUUUGUAAUUGUUUUAUAAUAUUGUUAAAGGCAGUGGACACUAUUGGUAAUUACUCAAAAUAAU